AUGGAGCUCCGGACUGUCCUCGUCGCCCUUUCGUUGCUCAGCUCCGCCGUUGCCGAUGAAGAAUCCUGUGCCGGUCGCUGUGAUCUGGGGAUGGAGGUGGGAAAGAAGUGUCAGUGUGACGCUCUCUGCAGUUUCUUCUCAAGUUGCUGCCGGGAUUACAACUCCGUCUGUGGAAAAACUCCCGGGGAUGAGUUUCCCUUCCUGGACGAUGAAGCUGAUGAAGGCUUUACGAAUGGGUCGGAUUAUUAUUCCGAACCGUACUGGCCGUAUUGGGAUUAUGAACAGAAUGAUACAGAUUUUUAUCCCGAACCAAAUGGGACGGACAUCUAUCCUGAACCAGAACCGGAGCCUAGUGUGGAACCGGAACCCAGUGUGGAACCGGUGCCGAGCCCGCAUCCGGAACCCAGUGUGCAACCGGAGCCGAGCGUAGAACCGGAGCCGAGUCCGGAACCAACGGAUGUGUGCACCAGUAAUAAGCCAAUCGAUGCGAUCACCGAGCUGAAGAACGCAUCCAGCUUCGCCUUUGUGGGGAAGUACUGCUAUGAAUUGACUGUACACGGUGUCGUUGAUGGAUAUCCUAAGCUGAUUCACGAUGUGUGGGGAGUGCACGGCCCCAUCGAUGCUGCCUUCACACGAAUAAACUGCGAGGGAAAGACGUAUCUGUUCAAGGGUAAGUUUUACUGGCGUUUCCACAAUGGCGACAUGGAGGCCGGAUUCCCGAAGCUGAUCAAGAAAGAAUUUCCCGGAAUUCCGGACAAUGUUGACGCCGCAUUGGCAAUACCAGCACCUGGGAUCGGCGGGAAAGAGCAAGUCUACUUCUUCAAGGGCCGUGACUAUUGGAAGUACGUCUUUAGACGCCAGCCCAGCCAAGAGGAGUGCGCACGUGUUUCCAUCUCGGUCCCCUUUCGGAGAUACAUCCAAUUCAUGCUUCUCGACUGGGAGAAGGAUUUCUUCACCGAGCUGUUUGGGUCACCUGGGACAGUUGGGACCUUCGGGCCGUUCCGCACCGGUGAUGACUGGCGUGGGCUUCCUGCCCGGAUAGAUUCGGCGAUGACUGGGAAACUCUUCGAGGUCAGCAAACUGAUUGCGCGGCACCACAGGAAGAAGGGUCACCGGCACCGCAGGAGGAAGCGGCACCGGCACCACGGGAGGAAGCAGCACCGGCACCGCGGGAGGAAGGGUCGCUGGCGCAGCGGGAAACGAUGGCAGAAAAGCUCCCAGGAACAGAGCUGGUCCAGCGACGAAGACGACAGCUACAUCUUUGUGCCCUGCCAGAGUGUCUUCUUCUUCUCCGGAGGGGACUAUUACCGGGUUGACCUGGAGACCAAGAGGGUGGCGUUUGCUCGGCCCGCGUACCCAUGGUCCACCGCCAAGUACUGGUUCAAGUGCAAGGACGCUUUCGAGUAAGGAUGGCCGUGGACAGCAGCGGCACAGGCUAAGCCGCAGAUUGCGGGAAUGCAGCGGGGCAAGGGGUACCCCGCUGAGGGGUGAGGGGCAAUGA